AUGCCUGCGAGAGCGAGCAUGUCGACCAGCCCCAGCGAGGCCAGCUCCUCCCUGUCGGCCCACGCCAGGAAGCUCGGCUUCCCAAGGUCCGAUAUCCAGAUCCACCUCAAGAACCACUUCAAGACCAAGACGUACACUUCGUCUUCUGUCGUGGCCGGAGAUGUCACCAUCACCACCCAGAGGGAGGUGCGGUUCGACACCAUCGAGAUCAUCCUGCUCGGCUCUGCCAGGACCAAGACAGAUGGCUACAGUGCACCCCAUGAGUCCACGUACACCUUCUUGAAACUAAUCAUGCCCAUCCCCGAGUCGGUAUACCCCGUCCCUAGGGUCCUCGAGAGCUCAAGCACGCUGAGCGUGCCGUUCCACUUUGUGCUGCCCAACUUCCUCACCCUCGGCGCCUGCACGCACAAGGUCGAGUCCGAGCACGUCAAGGGCCAGCACCUGUGCCUCCCGCCCUCGAUGGGCUCCUGGGCCAGGGGGAACUGGGAGAAGGACGACCUCUCCCCCCAGAUGGCCGACAUCGAGUACACCAUCAGGGCCAGGGUCUGGAAGCAGCCAGAGCUGCAGGCGCGGCCCACCAAGAUCAUGGAGUCCAUCAAGUCGAUCCAGGUCCUCCCCACCUUCCCUGAGGACGCCCCGCUGAGCAUCACCAAGAACGACCGGCUGUACUGCAUGAGCAGGACAAAGUCCAUUCGCAAGAAUCUGCUCUCGGCCAAGUUGGGGAAGCUCACAAUCUCGGCGGAGCAGCCCAGGGCCAUCAUGCUCCGUCCGGAUGGGCAGGUCUCGAUUGGCACCUCCGCUCAGGUCGAUCUCAAGUUCGAGCCUGUGUGCGCAGGCACCCCGCCCCCGAAGAUCACGGCCGUCUCGUCCAAGAUCACAGCACACACCUACUUCUCGGCCGGCCCCAUCAGCGCCCCACCCAACAUGGGCGACUUCACAAAGGCCGGCGUCUCGGACCGCCGCGGCGUCUACUCCACCUCCGUCAACCUCCCAGCCGCGGCGCCGCUGGAGAAGCCGACCUGGAUCGCCCAGCAGGCCCGCCGCGACUCGGGGUACUUCACCGACACGGCGCCCGAGAACACGGCGUCGGAGGGCGAGGACGCCGAGGACGAGGAGCGCCAGCGCCAGCAACGCGAGCGCCGGCAGCGCCGCAAGUCCAGCACCAUCGCGAACCUCGUGCGGCCCUCCAAACAACAACAAAACCAGCACCAGUCCCCACCGCGCAGCUCCCCAGUCUUCCACACAGCCACGGCGCACGUCCCCGUGGCGCGCCUCCCGACGUCCAAGAAGUUCUUCGUGCCCACCUUCCACUCGUGCAUCGCCUCGCGCGCCUACACGCUGCACGUGUCGCUGCAGGUGACGGCGGGCGGCGGGAGCAGCACCCUGUCGCUGGACCUGCCGCUGCAGAUCGGGGUCGAGCCCGAGCGCCCGGCGCUGGGUGGCGCCGCGGCCGGGCAGGGUGAGGAGCUGCCCAGCUUCGAGGCCGCGGUGGAGGAGGCGGCCGUGGACGAGUUCUUCCGGCCGCGGGUGCUGAGCGUGCCCGAGGUCGCCUUCACGGAGACGAGCGUGCUGCCUGGGUAUGGGGCCAGGUGA